AUGGCUGACUCAGAAGAGGGCUUUGGCCUGCCACACACGCCUCUAGGGCCCGACGCGAAGGAUCUGUCCUGUGAUUCCAAACCCGAGAGCGCGCUGGGAGCCCCCAGCAAGUCCCCUUCCUCCCCGCAGGCCGCCUUCACCCAGCAGGGCAUGGAGGGCAUAAAGGUGUUCCUCCACGAGAGGGAACUCUGGCUGAAGUUCCACGAAGUGGGUACGGAGAUGAUUAUUACCAAAGCCGGAAGGAGAAUGUUCCCCAGUUAUAAAGUGAAGGUGACCGGCCUUAACCCCAAAACCAAAUACAUCCUUCUCAUGGACAUAGUGCCCGCGGAUGACCACAGAUACAAGUUUGCAGACAAUAAAUGGUCUGUGACUGGCAAGGCUGAGCCCGCCAUGCCCGGCCGUCUCUACGUGCAUCCGGACUCUCCGGCCACCGGUGCCCACUGGAUGCGGCAACUGGUCUCCUUCCAGAAACUCAAGCUCACUAACAACCACCUGGACCCAUUUGGACAUAUUAUUCUAAAUUCCAUGCACAAAUACCAGCCCCGAUUACAUAUCGUGAAAGCAGACGAAAACAAUGGAUUUGGUUCGAAAAACACGGCCUUCUGCACCCAUGUCUUCCCGGAGACAGCGUUCAUCGCUGUGACAUCUUACCAGAACCACAAGAUCACACAGCUGAAGAUCGAGAACAAUCCUUUCGCCAAGGGGUUCCGGGGCAGUGAUGACAUGGAGCUCCACCGAAUGUCCAGAAUGCAAAGUAAAGAAUACCCCGUGGUUCCCCGGAGCACGGUGAGGCAGAAGGUGGCCUCCAACCACAGCCCGUUCGGCAGUGAGCCCCGAGCUCUCUCCACCCCGUCCAACUUAGGAUCCCAGUACCAGUGUGAAAACGGCGUCUCCGGCUCUUCCCAGGACCUUCUGCCCCCGCCCAACCCUUACCCACUGGUGCCCGAGCAGAGCCACCUCUACCACUGCACCAAGAGGAAAGAGGAAGAAUGUUCCAGCACAGACCAUCCUUAUAAGAAACCCUACAUGGAGACAUCUCCCAGCGAGGAGGACCCCUUCUUCCGCUCGGGGUACCCUCAGCAGCAAGGCCUGAGUGCCUCCUACAGGACAGAGUCGGCCCAGCGGCAGGCGUGCAUGUACGCCAGCUCGGCGCCCCCCAGCGAGCCCGUGCCCAGCCUGGAGGACAUCAGCUGCAACACGUGGCCCAGCAUGUCAUCCUACAGCAGCUGCACUGUCACCACGGUGCAGCCCAUGGACCGGCUACCCUACCAGCCCUUCUCUGCUCACUUCACCUCGGGGCCUCUGGUCCCCCGGCUGGCUGGCAUGGCCAACCACGGCUCCCCACAGCUGGGGGAAGGAAUGUUCCAGCACCAGACCUCCAUGGCCCACCAGCCUGUGGUCAGGCAGUGUGGACCCCAGACUGGUCUCCAGUCCCCCGGCAGCCUUCAACCUCCGGAGUUCCUGUACCCACACGGGGGAUCCAGGGCCCUCUCUCCCCACCAGUACCAUUCGGCACAUGGAGUUGGCAUGGUGCCGGAAUGGAACGAAAAUAGCUAA